AUGGCAGCGGCUGCGAAAGCAAGAAUGCCAAAAAAAACUGUAAGAAUUUACGACGCCUUUAAAGUCACUGAAAAAUUUUAUUACUAAAUCUACCAUAAUUUUAAUGAUUGAAGUCUUCCUUUACAUCAACUUCUUGAUGCACGAUUUUUUUUUUUCAGCCGUUUAUUGAACCGUGAAUGCCAGAGUUAAAUAACAAAAGUUCGAGAAAUUCUAACAUUUUUUUGCCAUUUGACUGUAAUAUUUAAAGUUCGAUGAAAUGACGAGAGAAGAAAGAAUCGUGCAUCGAAAGAACUCGGUCUUCAAGACCAUGGUAGAUUUAACCAUGAGAAUAUUUUUUUUUAGUGUUCUCAGAGGCAUUUGGAUUUUCACAAUUUUUGGGGACAGAAGUGUCUUUGCUUUUCCACUUGCUACAUGGUGUGUAAAACUAUCUUUGAAAAGAAGUAACGUGCGGUGCUACCUCGAAGUGAAGGCAAGAUUCUUUGAAAUGAGAUUGUUUACACGACUUUCUUUCAAUGAAGUUCCAACAACUUUGAAAUAUAGACAACUUCUCGAUCGAGUGCGCGAAUCCUUUUGUCCACUGAUAACUUUAACUUUAACUUUAAUUUUGCAAAUCUGCACCUAAGAGACAAGUAUGUCUUUCGUUAUCUUUCAUAGAUUCUACAGACUUCAGAUUAAAUUAACAACGCUCCUGGACUAAUAGCUUUUCGAUUUAGGUUGAUAUUUUUUUUCUAUAAAGGAUGUCGAGUUACAUUGGUUAAAAUGGCACAUCAUUCCAUUGAAGGAAACUGGAAGUAUUCACGAAAUCUUUGAAAAAAGGGACGAAAAUUACUGCCAUAUUACGGUCUGCCCUUAGUACUAGAUAACUUUUAUUAACAAAGUUUGUACAUGUAUGUCUCAAAAACAAUGUAAUUAGAAAUUAUAUAGAUCCCAUUCAAAUGGUCCGCUCUGUAUGACAAGCAGUAUUAA